AUGUCGGAGCCCGGGGGCGGCGGCGGCGGCGAGGACGGCUCGGCGGGCCUGGAGGUGUCGGCCGUGCAGAACGUGGCCGACGUGUCGGUGCUGCAGAAGCACCUGCGCAAGCUGGUGCCGCUGCUGCUGGAGGAUGGCGGCGAGGCGCCGGCCGCGCUCGAGGCGGCGCUGGAGGAGAAGAGCGCCCUGGAGCAGAUGCGCAAGUUCCUCUCGGACCCGCAGGUCCACACGGUGCUGGUGGAGCGCUCCACCCUCAAAGAGGAUGUUGGUGAUGAAGGAGAAGAAGAAAAAGAAUUCAUUUCCUAUAACAUCAACAUAGACAUUCAUUAUGGGGUUAAGUCCAACAGCUUGGCAUUCAUUAAACGUACUCCUGUAAUUGAUGCAGAUAAACCAGUAUCUUCUCAACUCCGAGUCCUCACACUCAGUGAAGACUCACCAUAUGAAACGUUGCAUUCUUUCAUCAGCAAUGCGGUCGCUCCUUUUUUUAAAUCCUAUAUCAGAGAGUCUGGCAAGGCAGACAGGGAUGGUGAUAAAAUGGCCCCUUCAGUUGAAAAAAAGAUUGCAGAACUUGAAAUGGGACUCCUUCACUUGCAGCAAAAUAUUGAAAUUCCAGAGAUCAGCCUGCCAAUUCAUCCAAUUAUUACAAAUGUUGCAAAACAGUGCUAUGAACGUGGAGAAAAGCCAAAAGUUACAGACUUUGGUGAUAAGGUUGAAGACCCAACUUUUCUCAAUCAAUUACAAUCUGGAGUUAACCGCUGGAUUCGAGAAAUUCAAAAAGUAACCAAACUUGAUCGAGAUCCUGCAUCAGGAACUGCCUUACAGGAAAUUAGCUUUUGGCUAAACUUGGAGCGUGCAUUAUACCGCAUUCAGGAGAAACGAGAGAGUCCAGAAGUACUACUGACUCUGGACAUCUUGAAACACGGCAAGCGUUUCCAUGCCACCGUCAGUUUCGACACUGAUACAGGUCUAAAACAGGCUUUGGAAACCGUGAAUGACUACAAUCCUCUGAUGAAAGAUUUCCCUCUGAAUGAUUUGCUGUCUGCCACUGAGCUGGACAAAAUACGGCAGGCGCUUGUGGCAAUUUUCACCCAUUUGAGAAAGAUUCGAAACACAAAAUAUCCCAUCCAGAGGGCACUGCGCUUGGUGGAAGCAAUUUCAAGAGACUUGAGUUCUCAAUUACUCAAAGUAUUGGGCACUAGAAAAUUGAUGCAUGUUGCUUAUGAAGAAUUUGAAAAAGUUAUGGUAGCAUGCUUUGAAGUUUUUCAGACUUGGGAUGAUGAAUAUGAGAAACUUCAGGUGUUGCUGAGAGACAUUGUCAAAAGAAAAAGGGAAGAAAAUCUGAAGAUGGUGUGGCGUAUCAAUCCUGCUCAUAGGAAGCUUCAGGCUCGCCUUGAUCAGAUGAGAAAGUUUAGACGCCAGCACGAACAGCUGAGAGCUGUCAUCGUCAGGGUCCUAAGGCCACAGGUCACAGCAGUUGCACAGCAGAAUCAAGGAGAGGUACCUGAACCCCAAGAUAUGAAAGUAGCUGAGGUUCUCUUUGAUGCUGCUGAUGCGAACGCUAUUGAGGAAGUAAACCUUGCUUACGAGAACGUCAAGGAGGUAGAUGGGCUAGAUGUUUCCAAAGAAGGCACAGAAGCUUGGGAGGCUGCAAUGAAGAGAUACGACGAGAGGAUUGACAGGGUGGAGACCCGGAUCACAGCUCGCCUUCGAGAUCAACUUGGCACAGCCAAGAAUGCUAACGAGAUGUUUAGGAUUUUCUCCAGGUUCAAUGCACUGUUUGUCAGGCCUCAUAUCCGUGGAGCUAUUCGUGAAUACCAGACCCAGCUGAUCCAGCGUGUGAAAGAUGACAUUGAAUCUCUUCACGACAAGUUCAAGGUCCAGUAUCCACAAAGUCAGGCUUGUAAGAUGAGUCAUGUUCGUGAUUUGCCUCCUGUGUCAGGGUCUAUCAUCUGGGCUAAACAGAUCGACAGACAACUGACUGCCUACAUGAAACGCGUGGAAGAUGUCCUUGGCAAGGGCUGGGAGAAUCAUGUGGAAGGCCAGAAGCUGAAGCAGGAUGGAGACAGCUUCCGCAUGAAGCUCAACACCCAAGAAAUCUUUGAUGACUGGGCGAGGAAGGUGCAGCAGCGCAACCUCGGGGUUUCGGGGCGCAUUUUCACCAUCGAGAGCACACGGGUUCGGGGCCGAACUGGAAACGUCCUUAAGUUAAAAGUUAACUUUCUUCCUGAGAUUAUCACACUUUCAAAAGAAGUCCGCAACCUCAAGUGGCUUGGUUUCCGAGUCCCACUGGCUAUUGUGAAUAAGGCUCAUCAAGCAAACCAGCUUUACCCGUUUGCCAUCUCACUGAUCGAAAGCGUCCGUACCUACGAACGGACCUGUGAGAAGGUUGAGGAGCGGAACACCAUUUCGCUUUUGGUAGCUGGCUUGAAAAAGGAGGUGCAGGCUUUGAUCGCGGAAGGCAUUGCAUUGGUGUGGGAGUCCUACAAACUUGACCCAUACGUACAGCGCUUAGCAGAGACUGUCUUCAACUUCCAAGAAAAGGUGGAUGAUCUGCUGAUUAUUGAAGAAAAAAUAGACCUGGAAGUCCGUUCCUUGGAAACAUGUAUGUAUGAUCAUAAGACUUUCUCAGAGAUCUUGAACAGAGUCCAGAAAGCAGUGGAUGACUUAAACCUGCACUCCUACUCCAACUUGCCCAUCUGGGUCAACAAGCUUGAUAUGGAGAUUGAAAGAAUAUUGGGUGUUCGUCUACAAGCUGGCCUAAGAGCUUGGACCCAGGUUCUUCUUGGACAAGCUGAAGAUAAAGCAGAAGUUGACAUGGAUACAGAUGCUCCACAAGUUAGUCACAAGCCUGGCGGAGAGCCAAAGAUCAAAAAUGUUGUUCAUGAGCUCAGAAUAACCAAUCAGGUAAUCUAUUUGAAUCCACCAAUUGAAGAGUGCAGGUACAAGCUGUACCAGGAAAUGUUUGCCUGGAAGAUGGUUGUGCUGUCCCUCCCCAGGAUCCAGAGUCAGAGGUACCAGGUGGGCGUACAUUAUGAAUUGACUGAAGAAGAAAAAUUCUAUCGGAACGCGUUAACACGGAUGCCUGAUGGCCCUGUUGCCCUGGAAGAGUCAUAUUCUGCUGUCAUGGGCAUCGUAACUGAGGUCGAGCAGUAUGUCAAGGUUUGGCUUCAGUAUCAGUGUUUAUGGGAUAUGCAAGCUGAAAACAUCUACAACAGGCUUGGGGAAGAUCUCAACAAAUGGCAAGCUCUCUUGGUCCAAAUAAGGAAGGCCAGAGGAACAUUUGACAACGCGGAAACCAAGAAAGAGUUUGGACCAGUAGUUAUAGAUUACGGCAAGGUGCAAUCUAAGGUGAACUUGAAGUAUGACUCUUGGCAUAAGGAAGUUCUCAGCAAAUUUGGGCAGAUGCUAGGAUCAAACAUGACAGAAUUCCAUUCCCAAAUCUCAAAGUCCCGCCAAGAGUUGGAGCAGCACUCAGUGGACACGGCCAGCACCUCCGACGCCGUGACCUUCAUCACCUAUGUGCAGUCUUUAAAACGGAAGAUCAAACAGUUUGAGAAGCAAGUUGAGCUCUAUCGCAAUGGUCAGCGCUUGCUGGAAAAGCAGAGGUUCCAGUUCCCGCCUUCCUGGCUUUAUAUUGACAACAUCGAGGGAGAGUGGGGGGCCUUCAAUGACAUCAUGCGUCGGAAGGACUCUGCUAUUCAGCAGCAGGUGGCAAACCUGCAAAUGAAAAUCAUCCAGGAGGACCGGGCUGUGGAAAGCCGCACCACCGACCUGCUGACCGACUGGGAGAAGACCAAGCCUGUCACGGGCAAUCUCCGCCCAGAGGAGGCACUUCAGGCUCUCACCAUAUAUGAAGGGAAGUUUGGCAGGCUGAAGGAUGACAGAGAGAAGUGUGCAAAGGCCAAGGAGGCGCUGGAGUUGACGGACACGGGGCUUCUCAGCGGCAGUGAAGAACGCGUGCAGGUGGCCUUAGAAGAAUUGCAGGACCUCAAAGGCGUUUGGUCAGAACUUUCUAAGGUCUGGGAGCAAAUUGAUCAGAUGAAGGAGCAACCAUGGGUUUCAGUACAACCUCGAAAGCUUCGACAAAAUCUAGAUGGCCUCUUGAACCAGCUGAAGAACUUCCCUGCCCGAUUGCGGCAGUAUGCGUCCUAUGAGUUUGUUCAGAGACUUCUGAAGGGAUACAUGAAGAUAAACAUGUUGGUGAUUGAACUGAAAUCUGAAGCACUUAAAGACCGCCAUUGGAAACAGCUGAUGAAAAGGCUUCAUGUUAAUUGGGUUGUUUCUGAGCUAACCCUUGGCCAAAUCUGGGAUGUUGACUUGCAGAAAAAUGAAGCUAUUGUCAAGGAUGUACUGCUUGUGGCACAAGGAGAGAUGGCUUUGGAAGAGUUUUUGAAGCAGAUAAGAGAAGUGUGGAAUACGUAUGAACUAGACUUGGUUAACUAUCAGAACAAGUGUCGCUUGAUCCGCGGCUGGGAUGAUCUCUUUAACAAGGUCAAAGAGCACAUCAACAGUGUCUCUGCCAUGAAACUGUCUCCAUAUUACAAGGUUUUUGAAGAGGAUGCACUGAGCUGGGAAGAUAAGCUGAACCGGAUCAUGGCUCUCUUCGAUGUGUGGAUCGAUGUGCAGAGGCGGUGGGUCUACCUGGAAGGCAUCUUCACGGGCAGUGCAGACAUCAAGCAUCUGCUGCCAGUGGAAACUCAGCGGUUCCAGAGUAUCAGCACGGAGUUUUUGGCUCUAAUGAAAAAAGUAUCCAAGUCUCCCCUUGUUAUGGAUGUACUGAACAUCCAGGGGGUACAGAGGUCUCUGGAAAGAUUGGCUGACCUUCUAGGAAAGAUCCAGAAAGCACUGGGAGAAUACCUGGAAAGAGAGAGAUCAUCUUUCCCCAGGUUCUAUUUUGUGGGUGAUGAAGAUUUGCUUGAAAUCAUUGGAAACAGCAAGAAUGUAGCUAAAUUACAGAAACACUUCAAGAAAAUGUUUGCCGGAGUUUCGAGCAUCAUCCUAAAUGAGGAUAACUCUGUUGUCUUGGGUAUUUCAUCCCGGGAAGGAGAGGAGGUUAUGUUUAAAACCCCUGUGUCAAUUACUGAACAUCCCAAAAUCAACGAGUGGCUCACACUGGUAGAAAAGGAGAUGAGAGUCACCCUGGCUAAACUUCUUGCUGAGUCUGUUACAGAAGUUGAAAUUUUUGGUAAAGCAACUUCAAUUGACCCAAAUACCUACAUCACUUGGAUUGAUAAAUAUCAGGCUCAGCUUGUGGUUUUGUCAGCCCAGAUAGCCUGGUCUGAAAAUGUGGAGACCGCGCUGAGCAGCAUUGGCGGAGGUGGCGAUGCGGCACCUUUGCACUCUGUGCUGAGCAACGUGGAGGUCACCCUCAACGUGUUAGCGGACUCUGUCCUCAUGGAGCAGCCCCCACUGCGAAGAAGGAAGCUAGAACACUUGAUUACAGAGUUGGUUCACCAGAGAGAUGUUACCAGGUCCUUGAUCAAAAGCAAGAUUGACAACGCCAAAUCUUUUGAAUGGCUCAGCCAGAUGCGAUUUUACUUUGACCCUAAGCAAACCGAUGUGUUACAGCAAUUGUCAAUUCAAAUGGCAAAUGCCAAAUUUAACUAUGGCUUUGAGUACCUGGGUGUUCAGGACAAGCUGGUCCAGACCCCCCUCACUGAUCGCUGCUAUUUGACAAUGACACAAGCCUUGGAGGCCAGGCUAGGAGGGUCCCCAUUCGGGCCUGCUGGCACUGGGAAAACAGAGUCUGUCAAAGCUCUUGGCCAUCAGCUUGGACGGUUCGUUUUAGUUUUCAACUGUGAUGAAACCUUUGAUUUCCAGGGUCAGCUGGGGAACGUCAAGCUGGCACCCCUGCCUGAGCCAUCAGCCCUGCAGCUCACCUCUGACCCCAUUACUUGUGAGCUGCUAAACAAACAAGUCAAGGUGAGCCCAGACAUGGCCAUCUUCAUCACCAUGAACCCUGGCUAUGCAGGCAGGUCCAACCUUCCUGACAACUUGAAGAAGCUCUUCCGGAGCUUGGCCAUGACCAAGCCUGACCGGCAGUUAAUAGCCCAGGUCAUGCUGUACUCACAGGGCUUCCGUACUGCCGAGGUUCUUGCCAACAAGAUUGUCCCGUUCUUCAAAUUAUGUGAUGAGCAGCUCUCUUCUCAAAGCCAUUAUGACUUUGGUCUUCGGGCUUUGAAGAGUGUGCUGGUAAGUGCAGGCAAUGUGAAGAGGGAGAGAAUUCAGAAGAUAAAGAGAGAGAAAGAAGAACGAGGGGAAGCCGUUGAUGAGGGAGAAAUUGCCGAAAAUCUACCUGAACAGGAGAUUCUGAUACAGAGCGUCUGUGAGACAAUGGUGCCAAAGCUCGUGGCAGAAGACAUCCCGCUGCUCUUUAGCCUCUUGUCAGAUGUUUUCCCUGGAGUCCAGUAUCACCGGGGUGAGAUGACCGCCCUCCGAGAAGAACUGAAGAAAGUAUGUCAGGAGAUGUACUUGACAUAUGGUGAUGGAGAAGAAGUUGGUGGAAUGUGGGUUGAAAAGGUUCUCCAGCUCUAUCAGAUCACCCAGAUCAAUCAUGGCCUGAUGAUGGUGGGGCCCUCGGGAAGCGGAAAGAGCAUGGCCUGGCGUGUCCUGCUGAAGGCUUUGGAGAGACUCGAGGGUGUGGAAGGCGUGGCCCAUAUCAUUGACCCCAAGGCCAUCAGCAAAGAUCAUCUCUACGGAACGCUGGACCCCAACACCAGGGAAUGGACAGAUGGGCUUUUCACACAUGUGCUGAGAAAGAUCAUAGACAACGUGAGAGGUGAGCUGCAGAAGCGCCAGUGGAUUGUCUUUGAUGGCGAUGUGGAUCCCGAGUGGGUCGAGAACCUGAACUCGGUGCUAGAUGACAACAAGCUCCUAACUCUGCCCAACGGAGAGCGCCUCAGCCUUCCACCCAAUGUGCGAAUAAUGUUUGAAGUACAGGACUUGAAAUAUGCGACCCUGGCCACAGUGUCGCGCUGCGGCAUGGUCUGGUUUAGUGAGGAUGUGUUGAGCACAGACAUGAUCUUCAACAACUUCCUGGCCAGGCUGCGCAGCAUUCCCCUGGACGAAGGGGAGGACGAGGCACAGCGUCGGCGCAAGGGCAAAGAGGACGAGGGGGAAGAGGCUGCUUCCCCAAUGCUACAGAUCCAAAGGGAUGCAGCAACAGUCAUGCAGCCUUACUUCACAUCCAGCGGCCUGGUCACCAAGGCCCUGGAGCACGCCUUCCAACUAGAGCACAUCAUGGACCUGACGCGCCUGCGCUGCCUGGGCUCGCUCUUCUCCAUGCUGCACCAGGCCUGCCGCAACGUGGCGCAGUACAACGCCAACCACCCCGACUUCCCCAUGCAGGCCGAGCAGCUGGAACGCUACGUCCAGCGAUAUCUGGUUUAUGCCAUACUCUGGUCCCUGUCUGGAGACAGCCGGCUAAAAAUGAGGGCAGAGCUGGGUGAAUACAUCAGGAGAAUCACAACUGUGCCUCUGCCCACCGCACCCAACAUUCCCAUCAUUGAUUAUGAAGUGUCCAUCAGUGGAGAAUGGUCCCCUUGGCAGGCCAAGGUGCCUCAGAUUGAAGUGGAGACGCACAAGGUGGCGGCCCCUGAUGUUGUCGUGCCGACUCUGGACACAGUCCGCCACGAAGCCCUUUUGUACACUUGGCUGGCUGAACACAAACCACUGGUCUUGUGCGGCCCUCCCGGGUCUGGCAAGACCAUGACGCUCUUCAGUGCCCUCCGGGCCUUGCCUGACAUGGAGGUUGUGGGUCUUAACUUCUCAAGUGCUACUACUCCAGAGCUCCUUCUGAAGACUUUUGAUCACUAUUGCGAGUACAGGCGCACACCUAAUGGGGUCGUUUUGGCACCUGUUCAACUUGGAAAGUGGCUGGUAUUGUUCUGUGAUGAAAUCAACUUGCCAGAUAUGGAUAAAUAUGGGACUCAGAGGGUCAUAUCCUUCAUCAGACAGAUGGUGGAGCACGGAGGAUUCUACCGAACCUCAGAUCAAACAUGGGUGAAACUGGAGAGAAUCCAGUUUGUUGGGGCUUGUAAUCCCCCCACUGAUCCUGGAAGAAAGCCCCUCUCACACAGGUUCUUGCGUCACGUGCCUGUUGUGUAUGUGGAUUACCCAGGACCUGCUUCCCUGACACAGAUUUACGGCACCUUCAACCGUGCCAUGCUGAGGCUCAUUCCAUCCCUGCGCACCUAUGCAGAACCACUCACUGCUGCCAUGGUGGAGUUCUAUACGAUGUCACAGGAGAGAUUCACUCAGGAUACACAGCCCCACUAUAUCUAUUCGCCCCGUGAGAUGACUAGGUGGGUGAGAGGUAUCUUUGAAGCACUGAGACCUCUGGAGACUCUGCCUGUUGAAGGCCUCAUUCGGAUUUGGGCACAUGAAGCCCUCCGUCUCUUCCAAGAUAGACUUGUAGAGGAUGAGGAGAGGCGCUGGACUGACGAGAACAUCGACAUGGUUGCCCUGAAGCACUUCCCUAACAUAGACAAAGAGAAAGCCAUGAGCCGACCCAUCUUGUACAGCAACUGGUUGUCAAAGGACUACAUCCCAGUAGACCAAGAAGAGUUAAGAGAUUAUGUCAAAGCUAGGCUGAAAGUCUUCUAUGAAGAAGAACUUGAUGUUCCUCUGGUCCUGUUUAAUGAAGUGCUAGACCAUGUGCUCAGGAUUGACAGAAUAUUUCGUCAGCCUCAAGGCCACUUGCUUCUGAUUGGUGUUAGUGGAGCAGGAAAAACUACCCUGUCUCGUUUUGUGGCCUGGAUGAACGGUUUGAGUGUGUACCAGAUUAAGGUCCAUAGAAAGUACACAGGGGAAGACUUUGAUGAAGAUCUUCGGACAGUGUUGAGACGUUCUGGAUGUAAAAAUGAAAAGAUAGCAUUUAUAAUGGAUGAAUCCAAUGUGUUAGAUUCUGGAUUUCUGGAACGAAUGAAUACCCUUCUGGCCAAUGGAGAGGUUCCAGGUCUCUUUGAAGGAGAUGAGUAUGCCACCUUGAUGACGCAGUGUAAAGAGGGAGCACAGAAAGAGGGCUUGAUGCUGGACUCCCACGAGGAGCUCUACAAGUGGUUCACUAGUCAGGUCAUUCGCAACCUCCACGUCGUGUUCACCAUGAACCCAUCCUCAGAGGGGCUCAAGGACCGGGCAGCCACUUCGCCAGCACUCUUCAACAGGUGUGUAUUGAAUUGGUUUGGUGACUGGUCCACUGAAGCACUAUAUCAAGUUGGCAAAGAAUUCACAAGUAAAAUGGACCUGGAGAAGCCGAAUUAUAUCGUGCCUGAUUACAUGCCAGUUGUAUAUGAUAAACUACCACAGCCACCGUCACAUCGGGAAGCCAUUGUAAACAGCUGUGUAUUUGUUCAUCAGACUCUUCACCAGGCGAAUGCUCGGCUAGCAAAGCGAGGAGGCAGAACAAUGGCCAUUACGCCUCGCCACUACCUGGACUUCAUUAAUCAUUACGCCAACCUGUUCCACGAGAAGCGGAGCGAGCUAGAGGAGCAGCAGAUGCAUUUGAAUGUUGGCCUUAGAAAAAUCAAAGAAACUGUCGACCAGGUAGAAGAACUGCGUCGUGACUUGAGGAUAAAGAGCCAAGAACUGGAGGUCAAGAACGCAGCAGCCAAUGACAAGCUGAAAAAAAUGGUAAAAGACCAACAAGAGGCCGAAAAGAAAAAGGUCAUGAGCCAAGAAAUCCAGGAGCAGCUGCAUAAGCAGCAGGAAGUAAUUGCAGACAAACAGAUGAGCGUUAAAGAAGACCUCGACAAGGUGGAGCCCGCUGUCAUCGAGGCCCAGAAUGCCGUGAAGUCCAUCAAGAAGCAGCACCUGGUGGAGGUGAGGUCCAUGGCCAACCCUCCCGCCGCUGUGAAGCUGGCACUUGAGUCUAUCUGCCUGCUGCUGGGAGAAAGCACCACGGACUGGAAGCAGAUCCGCUCCAUCAUCAUGCGGGAGAACUUCAUACCCACCAUCGUCAACUUCUCUGCCGAGGAGAUCAGUGAUGCCAUAAGGGAAAAGAUGAAGAAAAACUACAUGUCCAAUCCAAGCUACAAUUAUGAAAUUGUCAAUCGGGCUUCCCUGGCUUGUGGGCCUAUGGUGAAGUGGGCAAUUGCACAGCUUAACUAUGCAGACAUGUUAAAGAGAGUGGAGCCCCUGCGUAAUGAGCUGCAGAAGCUGGAAGAUGAUGCCAAGGACAAUCAGCAGAAGGCCAACGAGGUGGAGCAGAUGAUCCGGGACCUGGAAGCCAGCAUCGCCCGCUAUAAGGAGGAGUACGCUGUCCUGAUAUCAGAGGCCCAGGCCAUCAAGGCAGACCUGGCAGCUGUGGAAGCAAAAGUAAACCGGAGCACCGCUCUUCUGAAGAGUUUGUCUGCAGAACGUGAACGAUGGGAAAAAACAAGUGAAACUUUCAAAAACCAGAUGUCCACCAUUGCUGGGGACUGUCUCUUGUCAGCUGCGUUUAUUGCUUACGCAGGUUACUUUGACCAGCAGAUGCGUCAGAACUUGUUCACCACCUGGUCGCAUCACUUACAGCAGGCCAACAUCCAGUUCCGUACAGAUAUUGCGAGGACAGAGUAUCUUUCCAACGCCGAUGAGCGUCUUCGCUGGCAAGCCAGCUCCUUACCUGCUGAUGACCUGUGCACGGAAAAUGCAAUCAUGCUGAAACGGUUCAACAGGUACCCGCUGAUCAUUGACCCCUCCGGACAGGCCACAGAAUUCAUCAUGAAUGAAUAUAAGGACCGUAAGAUCACACGGACCAGCUUCUUGGAUGAUGCCUUCAGAAAGAAUCUGGAGAGUGCACUGAGAUUUGGUAACCCCCUUCUGGUCCAGGACGUGGAAAGCUACGAUCCAGUUCUGAAUCCAGUCCUGAACCGGGAAGUUCGGCGAACAGGGGGGAGAGUGCUGAUUACGCUCGGGGACCAGGACAUAGACCUGUCACCAUCAUUCGUCAUCUUCUUGUCCACCCGAGAUCCAACAGUUGAGUUCCCCCCAGAUCUCUGUUCCCGGGUUACUUUUGUAAACUUCACCGUCACCCGUAGCAGUUUGCAGAGCCAGUGUCUAAACGAAGUACUGAAAGCAGAAAGACCUGAUGUGGACGAGAAACGUUCCGAUCUUCUUAAGCUUCAAGGGGAAUUCCAGCUACGUUUACGUCAGUUAGAAAAGUCUCUGCUACAAGCCCUGAACGAGGUAAAGGGACGCAUUUUGGAUGAUGACACAAUCAUAACGACUCUGGAGAACCUAAAGAGAGAGGCUGCUGAGGUCACUAGAAAAGUGGAGGAAACCGACAUCGUCAUGCAGGAAGUGGAGACUGUGUCCCAGCAGUACCUCCCGCUCUCCACCGCCUGCAGCAGCAUUUACUUCACCAUGGAGUCCCUGAAACAGAUACACUUCUUGUAUCAGUACUCCCUCCAGUUCUUCCUGGACAUUUAUCACAACGUCUUAUACGAGAACCCCAACCUGAAGGGUGUCACCGAUCACACACAGCGCCUCUCCAUCAUAACAAAGGACCUCUUCCAGGUGGCAUUUAACCGAGUGGCUAGAGGCAUGCUGCACCAGGACCACAUCACCUUCGCCAUGCUGCUGGCGAGGAUCAAACUCAAGGGCACGAUGGGGGAGCGCACCUACGAUGCCGAAUUCCAGCACUUCCUGAGAGGAAAGGAGAUUGUUCUGAGUGCCGGCUCAACCCCCAAAAUCCAGGGCCUGACAGUGGAGCAGGCGGAGGCAGUCGUGAGGUUGAGCUGUCUUCCUGCAUUUAAAGAUCUGAUUGCAAAGGUUCAGGCAGAUGAGCAAUUUGGCAUCUGGCUGGACAGCAGCUCCCCAGAGCAGACAGUGCCCUACCUGUGGAGCGAGGAAACACCAGCAACACCCAUUGGGCAGGCCAUCCACCGCCUGCUCUUGAUUCAAGCUUUCCGCCCCGACCGCCUGCUGGCCAUGGCCCACAUGUUUGUUUCGACAAACCUUGGGGAGUCCUUCAUGUCCAUCAUGGAGCAGCCACUCGACCUGACUCACAUCGUGGGUACAGAGGUGAAGCCAAACACUCCUGUCCUGAUGUGCUCUGUGCCUGGUUAUGAUGCCAGUGGGCAUGUGGAGGACCUUGCCGCCGAGCAGAACACGCAGAUCACCUCAAUUGCAAUCGGCUCAGCAGAAGGCUUUAACCAAGCAGAUAAGGCCAUAAACACCGCUGUGAAGUCAGGCAGGUGGGUGAUGCUGAAGAACGUGCACUUGGCUCCAGGGUGGCUGAUGCAGCUGGAGAAGAAGCUGCAUUCCCUGCAGCCUCACGCCUGCUUCCGACUCUUCCUCACCAUGGAGAUCAACCCCAAGGUGCCUGUGAAUCUGCUCCGCGCUGGUCGCAUCUUCGUGUUUGAGCCACCACCAGGAGUGAAGGCCAACAUGCUGAGGACAUUCAGCAGUAUCCCUGUCUCACGAAUAUGCAAGUCUCCCAAUGAGCGUGCUCGCUUGUAUUUCCUGCUGGCCUGGUUCCAUGCUAUCAUCCAAGAACGCUUACGGUAUGCACCGCUGGGCUGGUCAAAGAAAUACGAAUUUGGAGAGUCUGACCUGCGGUCAGCCUGCGACACAGUGGACACGUGGCUGGACGACACGGCCAAGGGCAGGCAGAACGUCUCGCCGGAUAAGAUCCCAUGGUCCGCGCUGAAGACAUUGAUGGCCCAGUCCAUUUAUGGCGGGCGUGUGGAUAAUGAGUUUGACCAGCGUCUGCUCAACACUUUCCUGGAGCGUCUGUUCACGACCAAGAGUUUUGACAGUGAGUUUAAGCUGGCAUGCAAGGUCGACGGGCAUAAAGACAUCCAAAUGCCAGAUGGAAUCAGGCGAGAGGAGUUUGUGCAGUGGGUGGAGCUGCUUCCUGACACACAGACGCCCUCCUGGCUGGGCCUGCCCAACAACGCUGAGAGAGUCCUCCUCACCACCCAGGGCGUGGACAUGAUCAGUAAAAUGCUGAAGAUGCAGAUGCUGGAGGAUGAGGAUGACCUGGCGUACGCGGAGACUGAGAAGAAAACGAGGACUGACGCCACGUCCGACGGGCGUCCCGCCUGGAUGCGGACACUGCACACCACCGCGUCCAACUGGCUGCAGCUCAUCCCCCAGACACUGAGCCACCUCAAGCGCACCGUAGAGAACAUCAAGGAUCCUUUGUUCCGGUUCUUUGAGAGAGAAGUGAAGAUGGGAGCCAAAUUACUUCAAGACGUCCGCCAGGAUCUUGCUGACGUCGUCCAGGUGUGUGAAGGAAAAAAGAAGCAGACCAACUACCUGCGCACACUUAUCAACGAGCUGGUGAAAGGGAUCUUGCCUCGGAGCUGGUCGCACUACACAGUGCCUGCCGGCAUGACCGUCAUCCAGUGGGUGUCCGACUUCAGCGAGAGGAUCAAACAGCUGCAGAACAUCUCACUGGCUGCCGCAUCUGGCGGUGCCAAGGAGCUAAAGAACAUCCAUGUGUGCCUGGGUGGCCUGUUUGUGCCCGAGGCAUACAUCACCGCCACCAGGCAGUACGUGGCCCAGGCCAACAGCUGGUCCCUGGAGGAGCUCUGCCUGGAAGUCAAUGUUACCACCUCUCAGAGUGCUGCCCUCGAUGCCUGCAGCUUUGGGGUCACAGGGUUGAAGCUUCAGGGGGCCACAUGCAACAACAACAAGCUGUCGCUGUCCCACGCCAUCUCGACCGCACUCCCCCUGACACAGCUGCGCUGGGUCAAGCAAACCAAUGCCGAGAAGAAGGCGAAUGUGGUGACCUUACCUGUCUACCUGAACUUCACCCGUGCAGACCUUAUCUUCACUGUAGACUUUGAAAUUGCCACAAAGGAAGAUCCUCGCAGCUUCUACGAGCGUGGUGUUGCGGUCUUGUGCACAGAGUAAAACUAAACUUUUGUAGUUUCCCCUUUCUGUAAUAGUAAAAUCCAGUAUUUAACACUUAUUCAUUAUUAGAAUGUUCGGAAGAGAUGAAGUCAUGAAAAGAAAGUGGUUGGUUUGAGGUUGGAGGAGACUGAAUGGAGUGAUGGUUGGGAAUGGUGGAAAUUGGAAAGAUACAAGGACGUGUUUUUAGGGGGUUGAUGGCAUGGUUUGUUUUAUGAAAUAAAACACUAAGUAUGA